AUGGCGCCGCACGCCGAGGUUGACUCGGCCUUCUCGGAUGGGGAUGGACACACCAACAACCACCAUCAGGUUGUGACUCCAGCCAAGGAGGAUCUGUUCCAGGUGGAAUCACCCAACGUCGUAUACACUGACUCGGAAAUCCAAUCAAAGUACACGUAUCGAACCACUAGUGUUGCCAAGAAUGCCAGUGGUAAAUAUGUUGCUACACCGAAGGAGACCAUUUAUGACUUCAAGGUUGAACGAAAAGUGCCCAAGGUCGGAAUGAUGCUCGUUGGCUGGGGUGGUAACAAUGGUACUACUGUUACUGCUGGUAUUAUUGCCAACCGCCGAAGUCUUGUUUGGGAGACUCGUGAAGGACCACGCUCUGCCAAUUACUAUGGCUCGGUCAUCAUGGGAUCUACUAUGAAGCUCGGCACCGAUGCUGAGACUAUGAAGGACGUGAACAUCCCGUUUCACGAUGUUCUGCCAAUGGUCCACCCAAAUGAUCUCGUGAUUGGAGGAUGGGACAUUUCGAGCAUGAAUCUAGCAGAAGCCAUGGAUAGAGCUGCGGUCCUCGAACCAACCCUCAAGAGUCAAGUCAAGAAGGAGAUGACAAAUAUGAUUCCUCUUCCCUCGAUCUAUUAUCCCGACUUCAUCGCUGCAAAUCAAGAGGACCGAGCCGACAACGUCAUAGAGGGAAAUAAAGCUUGUAACGCUCAUGUAGAGAAACUUCGCAAGGACAUCAGAGAGUUCAAGACCACCAACGCUUUGGACAAGGUCAUCGUUCUAUGGACUGCGAACACUGAGAGAUACGCUGACAUCAUUCCCGGUAUCAAUGACACUGCCGAGAACUUGCUCAAGGCUGUUGAGAAUGGCCACGAAGAAGUCUCUCCGUCCACCGUUUUCGCCAUUGCUUGCAUUCUAGAGAAUGCUCCAUUCAUCAAUGGAUCGCCCCAGAAUACUUUCGUUCCGGGCGCUAUCGAGCUCGCUGAGAAGCAUGGUGCCUUCAUUGCCGGUGAUGACUUUAAGUCUGGUCAGACCAAAAUGAAGUCCGCCCUGGUUGAUUUUCUGAUCAAUGCUGGCAUCAAAUUGACUUCCAUUGCAUCCUACAACCAUCUUGGCAAUAACGAUGGCAAGAACCUCAGUUCUCAAAAGCAGUUCCGAUCUAAGGAGAUCUCCAAAUCAAAUGUUGUGGACGAUAUGGUCGAGGCCAACACCGUUCUAUACAAGAAGGGCGAGCACCCUGACCACACUGUUGUCAUCAAGUACAUGCCUGCCGUUGGCGAUAACAAGCGCGCUUUGGAUGAGUACUAUGCCGAGAUAUUUAUGGGUGGUCACCAGACUAUAUCUAUCUUCAACGUGUGCGAGGACUCUUUACUAGCUUCUCCACUGAUCAUUGAUCUGGUCGUUAUGGCUGAGAUGAUGACUCGCAUCCAGUGGCGAGCUAACGCUCGCAAUGGCGCCGCCGCAAAGGACUAUCGUGGCUUCCACAGUGUUCUCAGCAUUCUUAGCUACAUGCUGAAGGCGCCACUGACACCUCCUGGCACACCUGUCAUCAACUCAUUGGCUAAGCAACGUGCAGCUCUUACCAACAUCUUCAGAGCCUGUGUUGGUCUCGAGCCCGAGUCUGACAUGACCUUGGAGCACAAACUGUUCUAG